AAGGACGAUUAGUUGUGCUUCUGCUCCAGCCGAUCGAAGCCAGCCACCCAAUACUAUUACUAGUCAUUGGCCUUGAGUUUCAGUCCGAAGCCAUGGCGGGAGUUCAAGAAGAUGCCAACAGGCGGAGCGUUAUAGACGAAAUUCGCUUCGAAAUCAGCAACGACCUUAAUUCUACUCAGAGCCUCAAAUGCAUCUCUUCUGCUCGAAUUUGCAGAGUUCCCAACGAUCUUCGCGACCUCAAGAAAAGUGCCUAUGCCCCUCGCUUAGUCUCCAUCGGCCCUCUUCACAGCCAAGACGAUGACCUCAAAAAAUCAAGCGUCAACAAGACCAAGAAGAAUUGCGUCAAAUCACUCAUUGAAAGGGCCGCCAAAUCCCCUGAGGAAGCAACGAAACUACUGUACAAGUGUAAAACAAAGAUGAAGGACUACGUCAACGAAGCCAAGAAGCACUACCUGCCAGAAGAAGCUGCGGAGGCGCUGAACGAGGAGAUGCUUUUGCUGGAUGGCUGUUUAAUUCUGGAGUUGCUCUGGAGGCAUUACUAUGCUCGGAAGAAGACAAAUGGGAAUGAGCUUCUCGAUCUCGGCAAAGACAGCGCCUUGACUUACCACACUGUACAGCGGGACUUGCUGUUGCUUGAUAGCCAGCUUCCUUUCUUUGUUCUCGGCAUAGACAGCGCCUUGACUUACCACACUGUACAGCGGGACUUGCUGUUGCUUGAGAACCAGCUUCCUUUCUUUGUUCUCCGCGAACUCUUCCGGCUCACGGUGGCUAAAGCCGCUGACGCAAGCGGCGUGUCCCUGGUUGAAUACGUACUAACAUUUUUUCGUGAUCUGUUGAGUCCGCAAAUCAUCCAACCUGAAGCAAAAGAAGAUGGCGAAACGUUUCACAUCCUCCAUCUUCUUCACAAGCACUACCUUCCGGAAGGUCUGCCGAAGCCCAAGACUUGCCACCAAUUCAUUCAAUCUGCUAUAGACCUCGACUACGCCGGUGUCAAGUUCGAGUCCCAAGAAGCCAUAAGCCCAUUCCAGGUCAAAUUCGAAGCCCCUUCCGGCCUGAAACGGUUGUGGUUUUGCAGAGCUUCCUUCAAAAUUCCGAAGUUGCACAUCAACGACUCGACGGAGCUGUUCUUGAGAAACCUCAUCGCCUUCGAGCAGUUCUGCCCCCUCGUUAAGAGCUACGUUACGUCGUACGCGUUCGUCAUGGACAGGCUGAUCAACACCGCCAAGGACGUGGAUGUGCUCCAAAAAGCUGGGAUUAUGUGCAACUAUUUAGGGUCCCAUAAAGACGCUUCUAAUCUGUUCAAUAAAUUAUGCUCCGAAGUUGCAAUAGAGCAUUUCUACUUCGCCGACGCGUGCGAGCAAGCCGCCAAGUACAGCAGCCGGUUUUGGCCGCAUGCCGUGGCUCAUCUACGGCGGAACAAUUUUUCGACUCCGUGGGCAUACAUCGCUUUCUGCGUUGCUUUCAUCGUUUUCUUCUCGUCUCUCGUAGCAGCCAUCCGCAACCUCAGAGAAAUGACAAAGUAGAAGGAUUUGGAGAAGCUCAAUUCUGCCAUGCCAGAAACAGCCCAAGCAAGCAGGGAAACGACAUUCUGGUGCUCUUGAGAAUUGACAAGUUUAGCUACGUGUUUGGAAGGUUUUGUUAAGUAAUUAAAAUAAUGGGUUCUUGUAUCAAUGUUCGUGGCUAUGUGAAAAUUGUAACAUUACCAGGUUUAUAAUAUUUUGGGCAAAGGUCAAUCUGGUCUCCGUAUCAGUUUAAUAUACUAAUUUUUUAAUUA